CGGCCAUUUCUCGGCCGAGUCUGAGUCACCAUUAUCGCCCUCUCUUAUCCCGUCGCGAUUCCCUAUGCAAUCUUCUUUUAUUUUUAUUUUUUAUUCCCCUGUAAAUAAUUUACGUCUCUCUCUCACAUUUCUCCUCAAUUCCCAAGUAAACUCUCUGCUUCACGUCUCUUCUUGCUUCUCGAUUUUGUUCUGACCAACCAAGUUCCUGGCUCAGUGGAAGAACACAAACCAUCCACAAUGGAUAUAAGUAACGAGGCUAAUGUUGAUCCAUUUUCAAUCGGACCAACCUCUAUCAUGGGUCGGACCAUCGCUUUUAGAGUCUUGUUCUGCAAAUCAAUGAUACAGCUUAGGCGUGAUCUCUUUCGUUUCUUGCUGCAUUGGUUCCUUAGAUUUAAGCUGAUAGUAUCACCGUUUGUAUCCUGGUUCCAUCCCCGGAACCCACAAGGGAUCUUAGCAGUUGUCACAAUCAUCGCCUUCGUGUUAAAACGAUACACAAACGUGAAAAUAAAGGCGGAAAUGGCAUACAGAAGGAAAUUCUGGAGGAACAUGAUGCGCACUGCUUUGACUUAUGAGGAAUGGGCUCAUGCUGCUAAGAUGCUAGAGAAGGAGACACCAAAGUUGAAUGAAUCUGAUCUUUAUGAUGAAGAAUUGGUUAAGAACAAGCUUCAGGAGCUUCGUCAUCGUCGCCAAGAAGGAUCGCUCAGAGACAUCAUGUUCUGUAUGAGAGCUGAUCUUGUGAGGAAUCUCGGUAAUAUGUGUAAUUCGGAGCUUCAUAAAGGGAGGCUUCAGGUUCCUAGACAUAUAAAAGAGUAUAUCGAUGAGGUCUCUACUCAGUUGAGAAUGGUCUGUAACUCUGACUCAGAGGAGCUUUCUUUAGAAGAGAAGCUUUCGUUUAUGCAUGAAACACGGCAUGCCUUUGGUAGAACGGCUUUGCUUCUGAGCGGUGGGGCUUCUCUUGGUGCGUUUCAUGUAGGUGUGGUUCGGACUCUGGUUGAGCAUAAGCUUUUACCUCGGAUAGUCGCAGGUUCUAGUGUUGGAUCCAUAAUUUGUGCGGUUGUGGCCUCAAGGUCUUGGCCAGAGCUACAGGGUUUCUUUGAGAACUCCUUGCAUUCUUUACAGUUCUUUGAUCAGCUCGGAGGUGUUUUCUCAAUCGUGAAACGGGUAAUGACACAAGGCGCUCUACACGAUAUCAGACAGUUGCAGUGUAUGCUUAGAAACCUCACAUGCAAUCUCACAUUCCAAGAAGCUUAUGAUAUGACAGGAAGGAUACUCGGGAUAACAGUUUGCUCCCCAAGAAAGCACGAACCGCCUCGGUGUCUCAACUAUUUGACAUCGCCUCACGUGGUUAUAUGGAGUGCAGUGACUGCUUCUUGUGCUUUUCCCGGUCUAUUUGAAGCUCAAGAAUUAAUGGCUAAAGAUCGAAGUGGAGAGAUCGUGCCAUACCAUCCACCCUUCAAUUUGGAUCCAGAAGAAGGCACUAAAUCAUCUGUACGCCGGUGGAGAGAUGGUAGUUUGGAGGUUGAUUUACCGAUGAUGCAGCUCAAGGAACUGUUUAAUGUCAAUCAUUUUAUUGUGAGCCAAGCCAAUCCUCACAUUGCACCGUUACUGCGUCUAAAGGAUAUAGUUCGAGCUUACGGUGGUAGAUUUGCUGCUAAGCUUGCGCAUCUAGUGGAGAUGGAGGUUAAACAUAGAUGCAACCAGGUGUUAGAGCUCGGUUUUCCGCUCGGUGGACUCGCAAAGCUUUUUGCUCAGGAAUGGGAAGGCGAUGUAACAGUUGUAAUGCCUGCUACUCUUGCUCAGUACUCGAAGAUUAUACAAAACCCGACUCAUGUCGAGCUUCAGAAAGCUGCUAACCAAGGAAGAAGAUGUACUUGGGAGAAGCUCUCAGCCAUUAAAGCAAACUGUGGGAUCGAGCUUGCGCUUGAUGAGUGUGUAGCUAUUCUUAACCAUAUGCGCAGGCUCAAGAGAAGCGCCGAGAGAGCCGCUAAUGGUGGCACGUCAUCGUCUCAUCACGGAUUAGCUUCAACCACCAGAUUUAAUGCCUCUAGAAGAAUCCCAUCUUGGAACGUCAUUGCUCGAGAGAACUCAACGGGUUCACUCGAUGACCUCGUAGCUGACAAUAAUCUCCACGCGUCUUCAGGAAGGAAUUUAAGCGACAGUGAAACCGAAAGCGUGGAUUUGAGUUCUUGGACGAGAACUGGUGGACCUUUGAUGAGAACAGCUUCUGCUAAUAAGUUCAUGGAUUUUGUUCAGGGUCUCGAUAUCGACAUUGCAUUGACCAGAGGAUUUAGUAGCAGUCCCAAUUCCCCAGCGGUUCCUGGCCCGUUUAGUCCAAGCUUUAGUCCGAGCUCGAGAUCCAUGGUGGCUCAUUCCGAGGGCGAAUCUGAGAGGAGGGAACCAAACAGCAUUGGAGCAAACACUUCAAGCAUAACAGUUACUGAAGGUGAUCUUCUACAGACCGAGAGAACGAGUAACGGGUUUGUGUUAAACGUAGUUAAAAGAGAGAACUUGGGAAUGUCUACCGGGAACCAGAAUACUGAGCUACCGGAGAGUGUACAGCUCGAUAUACCGGAGAAGGAGAUGGAUAAUAGCUCUGUUUCAGAACAUGAAAUAGACGAAAAAGAUGAUGAUGAAGAAGAAGAAGAACAUAACGGCUCGGUUCCGGUUACCGUUUCUUCAGAAGAUUCCGGUUUACAAGAACCGAUGUCUGGUAGUGUUAUAGAUGCAUAGACAGAUUGAUUGGAGCGAAGAGAUUCUCAAUUGAUUCAGAUUAGAUUCUUGUUUGACACGAGUUUGGAGAGUUUUCAUAGGGUUAUUAGUGCCUUGUAAAUAGUAUAAGGUGCGUGUUGUGUAUGUUUUCAUUGAUUAUUGUUUAAAUUUUUUCUUAUUCAUUUGUGGAAUUGGAUUAUAUCUGUAAAUUUCAGAAAAAGAAAAGAAAUAAAAUAUUGAUAAUGUUACUCUA